CCCGCCAAAAUAAAACGCGAUACUUCCGUUUAAACAUGGCUAUUCGUUUACAUAUGAAUCAUGAUUUGUCCAAGGAAAAACAAAGUGUAUUACAUUUAAUGCCAUGCAAAAUUUAUGGCGAUGAGCCCGCGAACGUUUCUACUUAUUUUACACCUUACAUUCGUGAAGUAGACGAUAAAGUUUAUAACUCUUCAUUUCGUGGAUAUCCACUUCAAGGAAAAAAGAUAACGCUACCAUCUGGAUACAAAGGUAUUACAUUUAUUGAACAUAAAAAACCAGAAGUAGAACAUGUUGAACGUAAUUUAUACUUCACGGGAGCUUUCUCUCAGUUUACAUACUGGAAUUAUGAUAAAUUGCCAUCAAAAAAUGAUGGUUUAGCAGCUGCUAUGGAUUGGAUCGAUAUUGCUGAAGCACUACAUUCUACAGAAUCAUAAUUAAAAGUAAAUCUUAACAUAAUUCAAAAUACAUGUUAUACAUUCAAUGGAUUAUACAGAUUGUACUAUUUUAAUACAAAGAUAAAAAUAAAUAUAUUUUGUAUAUUUUA